AUGGAUUGCGAGGCCUGUCAACAAAAAAUCGAAGACAAACAACAGUUCCUUGUAUGUACCGUGAAGGGUUGUUUCAAGCACUAUCAUAUAGCUUGUACCACUACAAGUCAAAGCGCCCCGAUAGAUACUAAUACAUGGAUAUGCCAAGAUUGUAUCUGCGCUAAAAAGAAAGGAGGUGAUAACAGCGCUACGCCUGUACGAAGUGCACCCUCGAACAUUACACAAAGAAAAUCGAAACCAAAGUCUAAAGUCGACUUACCACUUGAUGACUACUCAAAUGAAAUCCGUUUACUAAGGAAGGAGAUGGGUAAACUUACGGAGAGUGUCGCAGAAGUUCUCAAAUCAAUGAAAAUGUACAAUGAUCGCCUAGAUAAGAUUGACGCAAAAAUUGAUUCUACCGACAUGAGACUAAAGGUUCUAGAGACCCAGAAAGAUACUGAAAUAGCAGAAUUAAAAGCCACGAUAUGCGAGCUUAAAAUUGAGUCUAACACUUUUCAGCAAGCAGCACUGAAAAACGAACUGGAAAUUAUUGGAUUGCCAGAAUCCCGGAAUGAAAACCUUCUUCAUACGGUCCUUGUCAUUUCAAAAAAGAUCGGAGUCAACCUAUCAGAGUCUGAUAUAGAUGGGAUUAACCGAGUUGGACCCCGCCUCGGCCUGCAAGACUUAGGUGGUCAGAAAAUAGGAAGACCGUCCCCCAGACCAGUCGUGGUACGCUUACUCCGAAAGGUUCAACGAGACAACCUUUUAAAAUCGGCGAAAAGUCGUAGGAACCUUACCACAACGGACAUAGAAAUGGAAGGUCCUGCUCACCAAAUAUACAUUAAUGAGCGUUUGACGCGUGCCACACGUCAGUUAUUUCGGGAUGCUAGAGAGCGAAACAAAUCCACUGGCUACUACAAACACUGCUGGGUCAGUGGCGGGCGCCUGUACCUGCGCAGAGUUGAUGGAUCACCAGCACUCAGCAUCGGAUCUCACGAAGAGCUCGACCGACGCUUUAAUGAAGUCAAAAAAAGCCAAGCAGGAGGAGUGCGUGAAAACCACACAGCCUAG